CGUAAAAGAAGUAGUCGAAACUCCAAAUUACACGUUAAUUUUUCCAAGCAGUCGAUGGGUUUAAAAGGCCCCUCAACUAAGCCUAUCUUCCCCUCUCCGGACUUUGGCUCCCUUAAACUUCAUGUAAGAGAAGCUGAAGGGAAGGAGGACGUACAGCUUCCUGCGACCUUAUAGGAUAGGAACGGAGAGGUCCUGGAUUCCAGAUCUUUGAUCUCUCCUUCAUUGAUUCACUUCAUGGAAACCCAGCCACAAUCCAGGAGGCCCUCUAGGUUCGGAAGGGUGUGUGUCUUCUGUGGCAGCAGCCGCGGAAAGAAGCUCAGCUAUCAGUUUGCUGCCAUCCAGCUAGGCCAUGAACUGGAGCCUAUAACCCCAUGUCCCUCUUUGAAGGAGGAUAGAAAGGUGGUCAAUUGGCCAAAUUAGAGGACUACAUCACCAAAUGGGAGCUGAGAGGGUCUUUUGGAACAAAGCCCAAGUGGAGGACUGCACCCUUUUUUCUUGGAAGUGGAUUUGGUUGUAAAAACUAACACAAGAUCGUGCUCUGUUUUCUGCUCUGAUUAAAAGAUGAUGCUCUGUUUACAGGUGGAGAGGAACAUAGACUUGGUUUAUGGUGGGGGGAGUGUUGGUCUCAUGGGCCUCGUCUCCCAAGCAGUCCACGAUGGUGGCCGCCAUGUCCUGGGGGUGAUUCCCAAAACUCUCAUGCCUAGAGAGAUAACAGGAGAGACUGUAGGAGAAGUGAGAGCAGUCUCAGGCAUGCACCAACGGAAGGCCGAGAUGGCUCGCCAGGCCGACGCAUUCAUCGCCCUACCCGGUGGGUACGGAACCCUGGAAGAACUCCUUGAAGUGAUAACCUGGGCUCAGCUAGGAAUCCAUGGCAAGCCGGUAGGUUUGUUGAACGUUGAUGGCUACUACAAUUAUCUGCUAUCAUUCAUCGACAAAGCUGUAGAUGAAGGAUUUAUUACACCUGCAGCCCGCCAUAUCAUCAUCUCUGCCCCAACUGCCCAUGAGUUAUUGUGCAAGCUUGAGGAAUACGUGCCGAUGCACGACGGCGUCGCACCCCAGCUCAGUUGGGAGAUGGAGCAGUUAGGCCACUCACCGAGGGCAGAGAUCUCGCGUUGACCAAACGGCGUACAUGUUGACUAAUUAUGGAGCUUAUCUCUUGUAAUAUAUAUAUAUAUAUAUAUAUAAAUAUAUAUCUAUGUAAGUUUUUACGGUCUUACUGUAAUCUAAAUGUCCAGCUGGCAGUUGAUCUUUGUUUCA